GCGAAGUCAUGAACAGCGUGGCAAUGAAGAUAAUUAUCAUUGGUUUGUUUUGCUUGGAUUUAUGGCCAUCGAUGUUUACAUCUGCAUCAGCCCCGUUGACCACUUUCGAUUUGUGCGGUGUGAGCGAAAUCACCACAGAAAACGUUUCUCUUUCGCUGAAUUUUACAACGGAGCGCGCGCAAAAAACUGGCGGAGAAUGUGCUCGGGUGAUUAUUCUUAAAUCGAAGCGGGUGAAGCUGACCGUAGAAGAACUAAACGUUGUAAGCGGAGCGGUGUUCGAGAUUCGAGAAGGCCCUGGGAUUACUGACGGAGAAAAACUUGGGCCAAAGGAUGCAAGCCAGUCGCCCUCGUUCUAUGUUACUUCGGGGAAUGCCAUGUUUAUUCGAUUUAAAGACGUUAGUCAAGGCACAAAUGGACCAAGCAUUUUUCGCGGGAAAAUUUCUUCAGUUCCCUUCCAAGACACGUGCCGUUGUCGAGGGGUGAGAAACGGAACGCUGGAGUGUUAUGAAACUACACAAGAGAGGAAAUGUGAAUUGAAAUGUAAUCCCUCGUUUAUGGAGCUAACAAUAAAGAAGGAAGUCCUAACGUGUGAUUUCAAGAAUGGAACGUGGGAUAUAAAUAUACAUAGCGGACCACUUGAGUGCCAAAAGGUGCAAAAACCAUUUCAAAUCAAAGCCACAGUGAAUUUUAAUUAUGCUAAUCUAACGUGUCAACAAGUUGAUCUCAAGAAAGUGGAAAGCGUUAUUCGAGCGGUGUUAGGAAACAACAGUGAUGUUCGAAGCAAAGGUGUGUGCUUCAACCAAAGUGCUGCCAACAACCCAGACUGCAAGCAGGCAGUUCAAGUCAACUGCACCAUCAGCGGAAGUCAGGCGGAAAUAACGAUAACUAUAUUGGAUUACAUAGUGAAACCGCCAACUUUGGAAGAAGCUAAUUCAAAACUCCAAGAGCUUCAUACGGCCUACAACAACCUGAAGCUCAAGGAUGUUUUAGACAUUGAAGCUCUGGUCAUGAAGAAAGGAAAUGAAUCAUUUACUAUUUCUAAGGAGUCAAUUGUCAACACCGCCACUCCUUGGUGUAACGGUGAAAAUGAUUAUAUUAAGGUUCCCGGGAACGCAACUUAUUCUGUGUGCUCCGCCUGCCCAAGGCACCAUUUGUACAAUGUUACAACCCGCACCUGUCAGAAAUGUCCCUCCGGUAGUACUGCAGUAAAAGGUGCACGGUCGUGUACACAGAAAAACGGCACAUCGCCAGCAACGCCCCUGAGAAAAUCAUGCGAUAAUAAAUGUAUGAAGGGCAAACGGCUAGAUAAAAAAUAUGGGAUGUGUGAAUGGUGUCCUCGAAACAAUUACCAAAACUCUUCAACGAAGAUCAAUCCAGAAUGUAUACCCUGCCCCGGUGAUAAACAGACCAUUUUUCCUGGGGCACAAGAGGUGUCAGACUGUCUUGACCCCUGUCUACCUGGUACCUUUAUGAACGCUUCAAGUGGCAGUUGCAUGGAUUGCCCUAUUGGCACCUACAUGGACACCGACAAACAUGCAUCUACUCGAUGCAAGACGUGUGAAAUGGGGAAAACCACCAGGAGUGUCGGCAGCAAAGCAGUCAGUGAUUGUUACCACUGUUUACCUGGUGAGUUUUAUAACUCAACUGCAAUGAUGUGCACUUCUUGUCCAAUGGGAAAAUACCAGGACGAGGUGAACAAAGACAGCUGCAAAGAUUGCACUAGUGGGACAACAACUCUUGAAAUGAGUUCAAAGACUAUAUCAGACUGUGUCAAGGUCUGUGGCCUGGGGAAGUUUCUUAAUGACUCAAACUGUUUUGAUUGUCCAAAGGACACAUACCAGGAUGUGAAAGAGCACAAUGCCACAGAGUGCGAGCCAUGUGGACCAAAUAAAAUCACAAAUGCAACAGGACAGUCUGAUGUUUCUAGCUGUUUUGUCAUAUGUGAGGAGGGAUGGUUCUUGGAUAAAAGUGUUUCUCAGUGUAAAAAGUGUCCUGUAGGACAGUACCAAGAUCAGUCAGGACAAGACCACUGCAAACAGUGUCCUGAUGGUAAAAGUACUGCAAGUGAAGGACAGAAGAAUGUGUCCUCCUGCACUGUUGUCUUUUGUGGGAAAGGACAGUAUCUUAAUGACUCAAACUGUUUUGACUGUCCAAAGAACACAUACCAGGAUGUGAAAGAGCACAAUGCCACAGAGUGCAAGCCAUGUGGACCAAAUAAAAUCACAAAUGCAACAGGCCAGUCUGAUGUUUCCAGCUGUUUUGCCAGUUGUGAGGAGGGAUGGUUCUUGGAUAAAAGUGUUUCUCAGUGUAAAAAGUGUCCCCAAGGACAGUACCAAGAUCAGCUGGGGCAAGACCAUUGUAAACAGUGUCCUGAUGGUAAAAGUACCACACGUGAAGGACAGAAGAAUGUGUCCUCCUGCACUGUUGUCUUUUGUGGGAAAGGACAGUAUCUUAAUGACUCAAACUGUUUUGACUGUCCAAAGAACACAUACCAGGAUGUGAAAGAGCACAAUGCCACAGAGUGCAAGCCAUGUGGACCAAAUAAAAUCACAAAUGCAACAGGCCAGUCUGAUGUUUCCAGCUGUUUUGCCAGUUGUGAGGAGGGAUGGUUCUUGGAUAAAAGUGUUUCUCAGUGUAAAAAGUGUCCCCAAGGACAGUACCAAGAUCAGCUGGGGCAAGACCAUUGUAAACAGUGUCCUGAUGGUAAAAGUACCACACGUGAAGGACAGAAGAAUGUGUCCUCCUGCACUGUUGUCUUUUGUGGGAAAGGACAGUAUCUUAAUGACUCAAACUGUUUUGACUGUCCAAAGAACACAUACCAGGAUGUGAAAGAGCACAAUGCCACAGAGUGCAAGCCAUGUGGACCAAAUAAAAUCACAAAUGCAACAGGCCAGUCUGAUGUUUCCAGCUGUUUUGCCAGUUGUGAGGAGGGAUGGUUCUUGGAUAAAGGUGCUUCUCAGUGUAAAAAGUGUCCCCAAGGACAGUACCAAGAUCAGCUGGGGCAAGACCAUUGUAAACAGUGUCCUGAUGGUAAAAGUACCACACGUGAAGGAGCUGAGGAUUCCAGGGAAUGUAUCACAAGUGAUGGACAGGGAAGUGCUGAAGUCGUCAAGAUGUCUGUCAAAUUCACAUCGCUCUUUUGGAGUGAAGAACUCACGGACACUGAAAGUGCUAAGUAUUAUGAGACAAAGACCCAGAUUGAAGAUGCAAUCAAAUUUGAGUUACACAAAGAUCCGUCAUUUGAAGGUGUUGAAGUAACUGCUCUAACAAAGGGUAGCGUUGUUGCUGAAUUUGAACUGUACUUUAAUGACAAAGUGGACUAUGUACCUGGAAAAGCCCUCCAGGUUGCUGCUCAAAGUGGUAAAGUCGGAAACUUGUCAGUUAACUCAGACUCACUAAUUAUUCUCCAACAGGACUGUUCCCAACCUCUUGGAAUGGAAAGUGGUAAAAUAAAAAAUGAGCAGAUCACAGCGUCAACAUCCUCAAAGCAUUAUGAACCCUUCGAAGGACGGCUGAAUUUGAAAGGUGGGCGUGGCUGGAACCCUGAGUACAAUAGAAGUACUGAAUAUCUACAGAUUGAUUUCAAGAGAGUGAUCAAUAUUACAGCUGUUGCUACCCAAGGGAAAUCAAAUGUUAAAGGAAUGUUAAAUGUUUAUGUUAAAAAAUACAAACUUAGCCUAAGUGAUAAUGGAAAAAAUUGGAAAGAGUAUACUGAAAAUAACAGAACAAAGGUAAGCAACAUUUAAGUACCCUUUCAUUUUACAUUCACACCUACAUAUAUAUUCAUUGAAUAUAGAUCAGACUUCAGAAGAUACCAUUCGUUUAAUGCAACAGAUCCGUUUCGUACAUGGUCAAAAGAUGAACACACUCAUCAGGCAACUAAACGAAUGAUCUGUACAUGUCAAAAUUGGUGGUUAUAUGCAUUUAAAUCCGUUACUAUGCGAAGUAUAAACAAAUUGAACUAUAAGGUAUAUAAAUAUUUGCAAUAAGGGAGGAGGGAUUGCGUUUCUGUGUGACAGUUAACCUAACCUACAUACAAUGCCCACACGUACUUUAUCAUAACAGCUCCCUGACUAGGGUUCUUCCCCUGUCAAUACUAAAAACUGAAAAAAAAAUUAAAAAUAAUAAAAAUAAUAAUAAUUUUUUAUGAAAGUAGCCACUUGGGUCACCUUCAUAGGAGCUGGAGGAAAUCCCCGGCCCCGGGCCCUUAACGAUAGCCCUGCACAAGCCAAACUGAAGUUGCUGUUUGACAUUUUCUAGGUUUUCAAUGGAAACUACGACUCCGAUACUGUGGUACGAAAUACUCUAGCAUAUACAGUCACUUCUCGGUUCAUCAGAUUUCUACCUCAGAGCUGGAAUAAGGACAUUUUUAUGCGUGUGGAAGUCUAUGGCUGUUUACUGAACGCACUUCUUCCAACUGAAACUUCCACAAGUGCUGCUAGUACACCAGAUAUUGCUGCAAUAACAUCAAAGCAUGACAAGUGGCCAUGGGGGGCCUAUCUCGGCAUUGUUUUUGCAGUUCUGCUAGUAGUUGGAAUCGUCAUUGCUGUCAUCUGCUGGAAGAAAAAAAGCAAAGAAAAGAGAAAUGCAGCGGAAACAGAUCAUGCUCUGAUCGGAAUGGGCAAGCACGGUGAUGGAGAGUACAGGAUCAUUGAGAAAAAUGCUGCAGAGCCUGACGAUGACAAUGAUGAAAAUGUUGUUUGAGUAGAAAAAUCA